AUGGCCAUGGCAGCAACGGUCGCUACCCCUCGCGCCCCGACGCCUCGCCCGAAAGCCCCCGCGACUGUGAGCUUCUCGACCAACCCGGCCCCGAACAUCCCAACGCCUCUGUCUACGCCCGGCGGCGACCGAUCCCGUCCUCCGCUACAGGGAAAUCCUUCCGCUCGCCGAUCCGCCCGGUCUACACCGACAGAUUUCCUCUCCGAUAAAGCCACCGCCGCCUUCAUCCGUCGCGUCCUUUGCUCCAAGCAUCUGGCUGAAAGGGGCAGGGCCACCCCAGCCCCCAUCGAGGAGCUGCUACCACCCCUGACUAGCCGGAACGAUGUUGAUCUGCAACUAUACGCACUCAUUGCGGUUAUUUUGAGGGAGUAUGUGCAGACGUGGUACAGCAAGAUUACAGCCGACGACACUUUUGUCAACGAAGUCGUUCAGAUAAUCGCACACUGCACGAGAGCUUUGGAGCAACGGCUACGAAAGGUCGACUUGGAAAGCCUCUUGUUUGAUGAGCUGCCUGACUUGCUGGACAGGCACAUCCUAGCUUACCGCGCGGCGCAUGAUCCGGUUUCCAGGCCUCCGACUGAAAUAGACCCUCGAGAAGUUUAUCAUUCGCUUUGCCCUCUGGCCCCUUUGUCGCCCAUACCUCGCCCAGAAGACCCUUCGUCUGUCACAAAUCAGCAAGAAAACGAAGCGGCCUAUCGCCAGCUAUUGGUGCAAGGCGUCUUGGCUGUUCUCCUACCAACCGAAGACCUUGAGAACGACUGCCUGACCUCCCUGGUCGGCCAAAUCUUCUCCGAGCUCAUCAUUGGAAACGUUCUCGUCAAUAGACUCUCGCAACCCUGGCUCAUUUACGAAUGUCUCAUCGUUCUCACCAGAGUCCUUGCAAGGGGGGGAUCGGAUCCCAUCGAAGAAGGGGUCACGGAGGCUUUGGCGGGCGGAUCAACUCCCGCGGUCCCCAAGCUAGUUCGUCGCAGCUGGUCCAUCCAGAGGGCGUUCUGGUCGCUCGUACAAUGGUCUUUCAUUGCUUUCACAUCAAUCCGCCUGCUCAUCACCACUCUCGCCAUGUCUUCAUCCUUGCCCCCACGGUCGGACGGUGAUGCGGCCGAUAAACACGACAUGACUUGUCAAAAGUCGGAUUCGAAGACGCCAAAUCCUGCCACUAGUUCAAACGAGGCGCGGCCAGUGCAGACAAAGACACCUAUCGUCGCCUUGAAGCUGUGGACCUGCAUAUCAGACUGGAUUGAAAUGGACACUCGCAUGCCUUGGUUAAGUGGAACGCUGUCGAUGCUACAGCUCGGAGCAAUGGAAGGCCCAGGCCGAGUUGCUGGUCUCAACGGACCCAUGGACAGGUAG